GCGGCGGCGGCGGCGGCGACGGUCCGUCGGUGUAAGCGACUGCAAGAGCUUCACUGGCCGCACGUCUUGACGAGGAAGUGCUGUUAUAUUGAUAAGUGGCUGUCAACUUAUCUGACGUCUUGGAAACUGAGGAUAAUCUGAAACUCUCAAAAAAGAAAAAACUCAAAUACGGUAUCACCCUUUGUCUUCUGAGCCUGGACUGUCCCCCAUCACUGCUCACAUUUCCUUUUGGACAGAAGGGAGAGGGGAGGAGGGUGGCUUGGCCAUCAUGAACGUCACCUCGCUCUUCUCCUUCACUGGCCCGGCGGUCAAACGACUGCUGGGUUGGAAGCAGGGAGACGAGGAAGAGAAAUGGGCAGAAAAGGCUGUGGAUGCUUUGGUUAAGAAACUGAAAAAGAAGAAGGGAGCCAUGGAAGAGCUGGAGAGGGCUCUCAGCUGCCCAGGUCAGCCCAGUAACUGUGUGACAAUCCCCCGUUCCCUGGACGGACGGCUGCAGGUGUCCCACAGGAAAGGUCUGCCUCAUGUCAUUUAUUGUCGAGUGUGGCGCUGGCCGGACCUGCAGUCCCACCAUGAGCUUAAGGCCCUGGAGUGCUGCGAGUACCCCUUUGGCUCCAAGCAGAAGGAUGUGUGUAUCAACCCCUACCACUACAAACGAGUGGACAGUCCAGUGUUGCCUCCUGUGUUGGUACCAAGGAACAGCGAGUUCAAUGCCAAGCAUACAAUGCUGCCUCGUUUCCGCAAUCCUUUACAACAGAAUGAGCCGCACAUGCCCCAGAAUGCCACUUUCCCAGAGUCCUUUGCUCAGGCCAACACCAUGCCAUUCCCGCAUUCGCCGGGAAACAGCUACCCAAACUCACCGGGAAGUGGCAGCAACGCCACCUUCCCUCAUUCACCAUCCAGCUCCGACCCCGGCAGUCCAUUCCAGAUGCCAGAGACUCCCCCUCCUGCCUACAUGCCCCCAGAGGAGCAAAUGACUCAGGAUUGCCCCCAGCCAAUGGACACCAACCUCAUGGUUCCACCCUUGCCUCUAGAGAGUAACAACCGGGCAGAUGUGCAGCCCGUGGCCUAUGAGGAACCCAAGCACUGGUGCUCUAUUGUUUACUACGAGCUCAACAAUCGUGUUGGAGAGGCGUUCCAGGCUUCCUCUACCAGUGUGCUCGUCGAUGGCUUCACAGAUCCCUCCAACAACCGCAACCGAUUCUGUCUUGGCUUGCUCUCCAACGUCAACCGCAACUCCACCAUUGAGAACACCCGGCGGCACAUCGGCAAAGGUGUCCAUCUGUAUUAUGUCGGUGGGGAGGUGUACGCCGAGUGUCUGAGUGAUAGCAGUAUCUUCGUCCAGAGUCGCAACUGUAACUACCACCAUGGCUUCCAUCCCACAACUGUGUGUAAGAUUCCCAGCGGCUGCAGCCUGAAGAUUUUCAACAACCAGGAGUUUGCUGAGCUGCUGGCCCAGUCCGUCAACCACGGCUUUGAGGCAGUUUAUGAGCUUACGAAGAUGUGUACCAUUCGCAUGAGCUUCGUUAAGGGCUGGGGAGCAGAGUACCACCGCCAGGAUGUGACCAGCACACCCUGCUGGAUUGAGAUUCACCUGCAUGGUCCCCUGCAGUGGUUGGAUAAGGUGCUAACCCAGAUGGGCUCCCCCCACAACCCUAUAUCUUCCGUCUCCUAGGCUUCAAUGUCCGCAGCCCUGUGGCUGUCCACACCCCAGCAUUUUGGUCUAAGUAGCAAGAAUAGGGGCUAGCUGGUCCCAGACUGGUUUGUGGUUCAGUCAAUAACGAAUAGAGUUUUAGACUAAAACACAGGCUGAUCUGGGUCCUGUAGUGUUGGGCGGGUAGUUAAAUGGGGUUGGUCUGUUGUCUACUUGAAGGACGUCUGAAUUGGGCACAUUUACAGACUGGGAGAGGAGUAAUUAAAGUGAGCGUGAUGCAACUGGAAGAUACUUGAUUUUUGUGACCAACUGUAAUAAUUAGACCAUCACACUCAUCAUGACGCAAGUAUCCUCCCUGAUCUUGCUCGCACUACGUCUCUUUUUCAUUGUCCAAUUAUUCUGACUCAUAACUAGUUUGCAUCUAAAUAUUCCCUCAAAAAUCCAGAUAUAUGUGUGUAGUUAAAAUAAUUAUGGGACAUUCCAGGUCACCAAAAUUGCAGUUAGCUGCUGUUUUCUGUCUGACUGCAAUGAGGUUGACAUGAAAUGUACUUACGACAUGUACAAAGUUAGCAAGGACUUGGAGGAUGACCAGUAUGACUGAAAAUUUUAAUCAUCUCAAGACACUUAAACAAGUAUGCUGUUUCCUCAAAGUGUUCAUUUUUAGGUUAAUAAAUUAAAGCAGUGCAAAGUUACUAUAAAAAUGAAAUCCCAUAUCAUAAAUAAUGACAAAUAAUAGGAGGGCAAAAUUAAGGGGAGUUUGAGAGUUUAGUGUGGGGUUUAGUGUGGGGCAUGGCACUAAAAAGGGCAUUUCAAACAUAAAAGACUUAUGUUUAAAUGUUGCUCAUCUUGUGUUACACUCGUGUUUCUAAUGAAUUUUAAGAAAAAAAGAAUAGUGUUUAGAUAUAUUCACUAUUAGGAUAUGUGCUGUGCAGUCUGGUUUUGCAAAGCAUAGUUUGGUUAGUGUAGUGUUACACAUUUAAGACUGGUAGCUGAACAUCACAUGAAGCAGAGGUAAAAACAAGUGCAGUUUAGUUUGUCCUUGGCUGUAUGCUCUGCAGCAAAAUCAAAUGUGUAAAAUACAGAGUGACAUUGAGGACUUAAAUAUUUCAGUGACUGCUUCAUUCUCUUAAUACACUGACUGAGCAAAAUUUGUUAAAUGACUGUUAUGGGAAAAUGUUGAGCAUUCAAAUUUUAAUUGUUGACUGAGAAAAUGGUAUCAGUUACUGAUGUCCCAAUAUCAUUUUUUUUUUUUUAUAAAAUGCAGAUUUUGCCAUUCAAUUCUUUUAUUCUUUGAGCAGUCCUCUUUGCUACUAAACCGUUAUACUCUUUACAUUCGUUUUGUAUUUUUGAACAUGUUUUCUGUUUUAUUUUGUCUGCACUUUUUUUUUUCUUCUUCUUUCUGUUUUUGCUCAGUAAAGCUCCCAGAAAAGCAGUUUUAUUCCAUGAAUAUCAAGUCUCUACUGGAAGAUUCAAUAAAUUUGUUUCAU